AUGGCGACUUACCGAGAAGAUGACCAUGAUCAAACGGGAAAAACUCGCUUGAAACCUACGGAGUAUAGUCCUCAGCAUCACCACUGCCAGCUCGAGUCGAGGCAGCUUCAUUUCCAAACGUGCGCUUGCUCAUAUAUUAGUGUUGGUAUGGAAACAAUGUACCUGGACACAAAGGGCAAUUACGUCCGCAAAACGCAUUGGUUUGUACCUAUCGAAAGGCGUGCGGCCUGUAAGAAGCUCCAACAUCACAACCCCAAAGCUAUAAACAUCACUUUUAAUGGUGUACUGACCGGACAUUGUCACCUCAGGUGCACUAUAGCCCGAUGCCUGCAAAAAAAAGUGUAA